AUGGUCAUUCACCUGGAAGGCUCCCGUCUUCUGGUUCACGAGGGCAGUCACGAUGGACAAACUCACGUGCGGGGUCCGUUGUUGGGUGUCUCUCGCUCUGUUUCCAUCUUGCAGCUCGAUAUGCAACACAUCUCGAUUGCCCAAGUGUCCAGCACCCACGGCCCCGGGCCUCUCUCUCGCUUCCUCCCCGUCCUGAUUCUGGAACUACUUGGGCGUCCUAGAACUAGGGUCCCAUUGGUUGGAGCUCUGGCCGCUCAGACACCCAGUUCGGCCCUCCUCUUGAUAUGGGUCCCCGUCUUGGUUCUCAUCUGCUUUGCCUUGCCCAUGACCCAUCCCCCGUCUCCAUUUAGUCCCUUGGCCUGGCCGCUCGGCUGGCCUAGAGGCUGCCUGUCUACAAGGGCUAUUACACGCUACUGGCUACACUACCGCAUGCCCAUUCCCAUGCUUGCACCCAUACCACGAAUCGAGAAGCUCCGUAGAAGAUCUGGGAGCUUUCCGGGCGCGCGGGACAGGACAAGACGGUACCUAGCGGACCAUUCGGUAGCGGAUCAGUCAGUCUCUCAUCAUGUCAAUAAAAUACCACCCAACCCGGCCCCACCUCCCCGUCCCGUCCAAGGCAUCAUGGCCGACCAAUUCCUGGUCGAGGCGCACAGAUGGACGCUUGCUCAGCAUUCGAUUACUGACGAGAAAGAAAGCUGGGUCAUGUUGACCCGUGAUGGGCAGAUCCAGAAACUACCUGGAGAAAAGAUUCUCCUUACCUCCAAGCCGCGAGUCGGCCUUGAGCUCUCGGUCCCCAAGGAGCUGCAGGUAGCAGAGCCUUUCUCUGUCAAGAGCGACAAUGGCAUUGCAUACAUCACCAAUGAGAGGAUCAUCUACCUUCCAGCCAGGUCGACCGAGGCUUUUCGAUCUUUCUUUGCGCCUCCCUUAAACUUUAGCGAUGUCCGCAUCAACUCGUCCUGGAUCGGGCCUUGGAGCUGGACAGCUAUAGUCAGACCUAUUCCAAACGGGGGCGUACCGCCGGAGAUCCCUCGGAUCGAGUGCAAGUUGACCUUCAAGGAUGGCGGACACAGCGACUUCCAAGCAAAGUAUGAGUGGCUGCGGGACCGACUACUCCACGCCCAAAGCCUUGGACUGACCCCCGGGCAAAACCUCGAGCCCCCACCACCCUACGAUGAGGCUCAAGCUUGUCGACCUUCCUCGAGCACACCUGCGUCUGGACCGUCUGGGGACGUGACGAGCGAUCGGAACCAAGUGCCCCAGCCUGGCCCGGAUGAGCCACCUCCGGACUACACGGCGUAA